AUGUUCACUCAUGAUAUCAAGGAUGGGUCAGAACAAGACGGCAUAGAAGAAAGAACAACAAUGUUGAAGGAGUAUACUGAAGGAAACAUUGAGAUAUUGGACUACUUACAAGGAAUCUCGGGGUUGGAACGUGAUUUUACUAGACUGGCAGAUAGUAUCGUGAACGCAGCGACGACGUUGAGUGAUCGAAACAAUGUGGUACAUUCAAACAGAAUUUAUGAGAAGGAUACCGGUGCCAGUGUAGACAAGUGUUGGCAAUAUAUAUCCCAAUUAUCUGAAGCAAUUCAUUUCCAUAUUUCCAAGUCGCAUGAGUACCACAAGCUUCAUCAUGAGAUUUGGGCAGCUCGUAUGGAAAUGCAACAAGUUUUGUCCAGUUAUUCGUUGAUUCAAGAGAAACUGAGUUCAUUAAGUUUAUUAACUGAUGAUUCAUUAGCGACAAUCAAGAAAAUGAUAGAGGCUCAACUGAAUCUAAACGCAGAAGAGAGAGGAAUGAUGCAGGAUGAAGCGAAUGAACAGUCACGAUUAAUUUUAGAUACUGUUAGGACGGAUUUAAACUUUAGGCCUUCUACAUAUGUUACUAAAAAACGAAAAUCAAGAAACUCACACAAACAUUCAUCAACAAUUUCAAGUGGAAUGAAGGGUGUAAAUGAAGACAAACAGUUGGUGACAAGUUUUACCAACAGCAUACCUAAAACUUUUAAACUGAAUAAUAGUGAUUCUGCAUGUGAUCACCGGGAAUAUGAAGAGCCUUUGAUGAAGCAUUCACUAAAUGCCCAGAUUACACAAAUACCUUCUCAAGACCAUGUGAAGUUCACCAAACAGACAAGAGAACUUAUGACACAAAUUGAUUCGCCAUUCUAUUCCGCUGUUGUAUAUUGUCCAAGCUGCUCAGAAUUUCAUGAGAUAAGCAUACUUUCACCUUUUGCUUGUAAGGCGGAAACAUACAGUUCUAACAUCCAGUCUCUUAGUGAAACAAGUGAUACUUCAGAAAGUCACUUGAAAGCUGCACAUUCAAUGCCAAGUUUACAUAUGACAACGAAAAAUAUCAACUUUGAUGAAGAUAGAAUACUAGCUGUUGGGAACAAAAACAGUAGCGUUUCAAGAAAAUUUUUCAGAUCGAAAGGUCGAAACAAGCCUCGACCACAGAGCGUAAGCGCUAGUCUCACUGAAACAACAGCUAGUUCAGGACUUGAUAGCCCUUCUGAAUCUUCAAUUGUUGUAAAAAAUAAAAAGUGUUCUUCUAAAUCCCAUCGUAGAGUUGAUGGUGAAACCCACAAGGAGGAAGCUGGUAAGAGCCCUUUUCUAUGGUGGUAUAAACGUGGUAAACGCAUUCCAAAAGAUGUUAGUCUCCAGGCUCCAGGGAGUCCAUACACUGAACCAGGACCUCCUGGUCGAAGAUCUCCACUGAAUAUUGCUCCAAGUGAGCCAACAAGCGAUAUCAAUAAACAGUCACCUACACCUUUUGCAGUAGUAGAGAGGAAUCGAAGAAAUUCAAACGAAGAAACUGGUCCAGUAGUACAUUCCUACAGCUGGAUACAACGUGGUAUGCCUUGGGGCUGUAAUCCACCUAUUGCUGCACAAAGGUCACCUCAUGCUCAACAGGAAAGGAGCAGGCAUGUAAAUGUUCACAGCGAAAGGAUUAAAGUGAAAACCAGAAAACAUUUAAAGCAUCAUUCAUUUGAAAGGAAUAUUGACCACCAUCCAUUUGGUGAAACUCAUCUUUACAAUACCAUUGAUUCAGGUAUUCAGACUGAUACAGAUAUAUAUCCUACAGGAAAUCUAGAUAUUCCUUUGUUAGACUCGGAACCAGAUCUUCAGCAGGUCCCUAUGAAUUCAGAAUAUAUCUGUCAGUACUGUAACAGAAGUAUGCGUAAAAUUGUGCAUCAAGAUAGUUCAGUUCAGUGUGAUUUUAUCAAUUGUGAUAUACUCAGUAAAACGCUUUGCCACAAAAUGGCUCCAGUAUCUAGCCAAACAGUACAAGUAACUAACCAGAUUCCUCGUGGCAGAUUUAUAACGAAUAGUGUGAGAGUAUGGAAUGUAAGCUGUCAGGUGGGUACUGUGAAACGGAAUCAAAGCACUGAGCCAAUAACAACUGAAGACAUUUCUUGUUACAAGGCCUCCGUUUACGAUAAGGGAGAAGAUACUAGAAGAUAUGCAAAAUAUAAUGAAAGACCAAGAAGUUUUGAAACUCCUAUGAGAAGAUUGACACAGCUGGGUCUUCCUACUGGUACGACACCAGCUCCUUUGAUGUUUCUGUAUCAUGUCAAAUUGGUCCGUCUUUAA